AUGAGCUACUCGCUGGAGCCGUUGAGCAAUCCGUCUUACCGGCGGGUGGCCGAGAGCCGGACCACCUUCAGCCGGGCCAGCGUGUCGCCGUCGAGCGGCUUCCGCUCCCAGUCCUGGUCGCGGAGCUCACCCAGCCCGGCCUCGUCGACUUACAAGCGCAAUGUGGGCCCUGCGCGGACUUCCUACGGCUCUACGGUGCUGAGCUCCACCGAGAGCCUGGAGCUGAGUCAGUCGUCGCUCUUCAACGGCGGCGGCGGCGGCGGCGGGGCCGUGGAGCUGAAGUUGAGCCGCUCCAACGAGAAGGAGCAGCUGCAGGGGCUGAACGACCGCUUUGCCGGCUACAUCGAGAAGGUGCACUCGCUGGAGCAGCAGAACAAGGAGCUGGAGGCCGAGCUGGGCGCCCUGCGGCAGAAGCAGGUGGGCCGUUCGCAGCUGGGCGUAGCCCUGGAGCAGGAGCUGCGCGAGCUACGCACUGCCCUGGAGCAGGUCAACCACGAGAAGGCGGCGCUGCAGCUCGACUCGGAGCACUUGGAGGAGGACAUCCAGCGCCUGAAGGAGCGCUUCGAGGAUGAGGCGCGCCUCCGCGAGGACGCCGACGCCAUCACCCGCGCCCUGCGGAAGGACAUCGAGGAGGCGUCCAUGGUGAAGGUCGAGCUGGACAAGAAGGUGCAGUCGCUGCAAGAUGAGGUGGCCUUCCUGCGCGGCAACCACGAGGAAGAGGUGGCCGAUCUGCUGGCCCAGAUCCAGGCCUCGCACGUCUCCGUCGAGCGCAAGGACUACCUGAAGACCGACCUCUCGGCCGCCCUCAAGGAGAUCCGCUCCCAGCUCGAGUGCCACUCUGACCAGAACAUGGUCCAGGCGGAGGAGUGGUUCAAGUGCCGCUACGCCAAGCUGACCGAGGCUGCCGAGCAGAACAAGGAAGCCAUCCGCUCGGCCAAGGAGGAGAUCUCCGAGUACCGGCGGCAGCUCCAGGCCAAGAGCAUCGAGCUGGAGUCCGUCCGCGGCACUAAGGAGUCCUUGGAGCGCCAGCUGAACGACAUCGAGGAGCGCCACAACCAUGAUCUGGCCACUUACCAAGACACGAUCCAACAGCUUGAAAAUGAGCUGAGAGGUACGAAGUGGGAGAUGGCACGUCAUUUGAGGGAAUACCAAGAUCUCCUCAACGUCAAGAUGGCUCUCGAUAUUGAAAUUGCUGCCUACAGGAAACUUCUUGAGGGUGAAGAAACAAGAUUCAGUGCCUUUUCUGGAAGCAUCACUGGGCCAACAUUCACACAUAGGCAACCUUCAGUAACAAUAUCAACUACCAAAAUACAGAAAUCAAAAGCUGAGCCACCAAAACUAAAGGUCCAACACAAGUUUGUAGAAGAAAUAAUUGAAGAGACCAAAGUAGAGAAUGAGAAAUCUGAACUGGAUGAAGCUCUUGCGGCUAUGGCUAAAGAACUGGCUGCUGAAACUGUACUAGGCAAAGAAGUGGAGGAAGAAGUUAUAGAAGAGGAAUUUGUAGCAGAGGAAAAGGCUGAAGUCAAAGCUGCAGCCCCAGAAGGUGAAGGAGAAGAAGGGGAAGAAGGGGAGGAAGAAGAAGAGGAAGGUGCAAAAUCUGAUGUGGCAGAAGGAGGAUCAGAAAAAGAAGAAGAAAAAAGUGAAAAGGAAGAAGGUGAGGAAGAAGCAGAAGAAGAAGCAGGUGAAGGAGAAGCUGAGGAAGUUGAAGCUGAAGUAGCAGAAGAGCCUGAAGAAGUAGUUAUUGCACCAGAGAAGGUAGAAAAGGUGAAAACAUCUCCUCCUAGAUCACCCCCCAAAUCACCUGUGACUGAUAAAGCAGAAGAGAAAGAAGACAGUAAAGAAGGUGAAGGUGUUGAUCAGGAGGGAGUGGAAGGUGAAGAGGAGGAAACAGCAGCAGCUAAGGAAGAAAGGGAGAAAACAGCAUCUCCAGCAAAAGUAGAAUCUCCUGAAAAACCAAGCACUCCAGAUAAAGGAUCUCCAGAAAAAGCUGGGACUCCAGAGAAGGCUACUUCUCCAGAGAAAGCAGCCUCUCCAGAGAAGGCUGGGACUCCAGAGAAGGCUACUUCUCCAGAGAAAGCAGCGACACCAGAGAAGGCAGCCUCUCCAGAGAAGGCAGGGACUCCAGAGAAGCCAGCCUCCCCAGAGAAGGCUGGGACUCCAGAGAAGGCAGGGACUCCAGAGAAGGCAGGGACUCCAGAGAAAGCAAAAACAGCAUCUCCAGCAAAAGUAGAAUCUCCUGAAAAACCAAGCACUCCAGAUAAAGGAUCUCCAGAAAAAGCUGGGACUCCAGAGAAGGCUACUUCUCCAGAGAAAGCAGCCUCUCCAGAGAAGGCUGGGACUCCAGAGAAGGCUACUUCUCCAGAGAAAGCAGGGACACCAGAGAAGGCAGCCUCUCCAGAGAAGGCAGGGACUCCAGAGAAGGCAGCCUCCCCAGAGAAAGCAGGGACACCAGAGAAGACAGCCUCUCCGGAGAAGGCAGGGACUCCAGAGAAGGCAGCCUCUCCGGAGAAGGCAGGGACUCCAGAGAAAGUGGCUUCUCCUGAAAAGCCAGGCUCCCCAGUGGAAGAAGUUAUCUCCAUCACAAAGGCAACCACUGUUGGUGCAGAAAAAGAAUCAAAAGAAAAAACUGAGAAAAUGUCAAAGGAGUCUACCAAAGAAGAUAUAGCAGUAAACGGAGAGGUAGAAGAUAAGGGGGAGGAAGAAGAUGACUCAAAGGUAAAGCAAGUAGAAGAAGAUGAUAAAGGUGUUAUCACCAAUGGUCUGGACGUGAGCCCUUCUGAAGAAAAGAAAGGGAAGGGUGAAGAGAAAGUGGUGGUGACGAAAAAAGUUGAGAAGAUCACUAGUGAAGAUGAUGGGGUCACCACAUACAUCACAAAGUCUGUGACUGUCACCCAGAAGAUGGAAGAGCAUGACGAUGCUGUUGCAGAGAAGUUGGUGUCCACCAAGAGGGUGGAGAAGGUGACUUCUUCACAUGCCAUAGUGAAAGAAAUCAAGGAGAGUAGUGACUAA